UAAACGUAACACCAAACUAUUGGCUCGUUUGCAGCAGUUCUGGUUAUAGGCGUGUGGUAGUUUGCAUUUUAUUUGUUGACUCCAAAUGUUCGGGUACGCCUGCAGGGUGAAGAUAACGCAGAUCCACGUUUGCUUGCGCAUAGUUUUGGUAAGAUAAGUUGUCAGUAUGAAUCGUUGUACAGUAAGCUGCUUGAAGUCCUAACUAAAGCUGCCUGGAGUUCAUGGUCUGGUCCCUUCAGCACCCAGUUGAAGGUUAAGUCAGAGACUGAGCCAAAUCACACAGUACAAUCAGGAUGUCAUCUCAAGAGGAGAACCCUCCUUGCCCCUCGCCUGAUAUGCAUUUCAUUGGAAAGAAGGCUGAUAUUGUUAAGGCUGGCCGUGUGACGAUGCGGGUGAAUGGAUGCAGAGAUGUGCUUGUUGUGUACCACCAGGAGAAGCUUUAUGCAUUGGACCUGCGUUGCUACCAUGCUGGUGGUCUAUUACAGGAUGGAGAUAUCGAGGACUUCAAUGGACGGCUGUGCAUUGUUUGUCCGUGCCACAAAUACAAGAUCACCCUGACAGAAGGUGAAGGACUUUAUGAAGCUGUGGACAAUCCUACGAUCAGACCACUGAAGACUCAGUGGCGCUCCAAGGGACUCAAGCAAAGGAUUCAUAAAGUCACUGAAGUUAGCGGGGAUGUCUUUGUUACCCUGAAUGACUCCAGCGAGGCCAUCGAGUCAGAUGUCUACCAGACUGAGAAAUACAGAACUGUUUCACUCGAUGCACUGCCGAAACCCAAACACAAGACAUAGAAAAAAUACAAACACUUAUUAAAACUUCUGUCUUAUUUACAAACACUCUAGUUCUUUCAAAGAUAGUUUAAUGAUUUAACAAAAUGUUCAGACUCCUUUUCUGAUGCUAUGUCAAUAUUUUCUCAUUGUAAUUUCGAUCUGAUUAAUCUUUUAAUUUCCACAGGGUUCAAACAAAGGAGAAACAAAACCUUUCAGAAAAUUGAUCAAAUUUGCUUCAGGAUGAAAACAAAUGACUGAAUCAUUACAAUUAAAGCCAAUGAUGCCUUCUUUAAAAAGUUGAAUCUGUUAAUCCUAAUGUAUUUCUUUUGAAUAUGUAGAACAAACAAGGAUAUUUUACUAAUUACAUUUUACACUGUUUCUUAACAUAUUGCAGUUUUAUUUUUCUUCCUUUGCUUCAUUCUUCUUCCUUAAGCUUUUACUUGAAUACAGAAACCAUAAACAUGCUUAUUAGAAGAGAUGUGUUCAAACAACAAACAGAUCUUACAUCUGUCGAUCUGUGUAAUAUCGACAACUUGCCAACAAUUGUUCGACAAAAUGUAAUGUAGAAGUACAAAUGAUAUUUUGACAAUGUUUUUACAUUUUGUAUCAGUACAAACUGAUAAUUUUGCACAACAAACUUAAUUUUAAUUUGUUUAAUAUGUCUUGGCUUCUGUAAAAAUAAGCUAAAUUUUUAUUGGACUACAUUUUGUUGUGCUUUCUGCAUUCUUUCACCUCAGAAAUAUUUCCUUCAGUUUGUGCAUUAUAACACUUACUUCCAUUCCAACGUUGUUCACCUUAGUUGUGUUUUUAAAACUUUGUACUGAAAAACAUCCUAAAAACUCUCAGCUGUUUACAUUAUGGACUUCUGUGAAUGUAUAAAAAUCAAGUUUAAUGAAAUACAUUUUAUACUUUGAUCUCAGGAGGUCUUUUCAUUAUCUUAGUCAAGGGUAAAGAGAGAGAGAAAAAGUACCCACAAUUCAAAUGGUGACUAACCUUUCUGGUAAAUGAGAAAAAAGAAAAAUAUAUAUAUAUAUAUAUAUAUUUGUAUAUAUAUGUCUGAAAAGGUCUAUAUUAUUAAUAAACUAUAUCUCAUUAAAAGGUGGAUUAAUUUAGCCAUUUAGUCCCAAAAUGUGGGUCCUGUUUGUGUGUUUAAAUUACUUACAAUAUUAAAGACAACUGUAAGUUUUACAAUUUCUUUUCUAAUGCACAUUUUGCCAAACACAUAAAUGACUCUGAUCACUGA